AUGGCAUUUUUCAAAACUUUCCAGCAGAAUCUGCCUUCAGUGUCUUCUCUGGUGGACACAAUCAGUAAUGCUGUAGAAGAUUUAACCACUGCUGUGGGGGAAGUCAGCUACGCUUUCACUGACUCAGUUGCUGAACAGGUAACAAGUAUGAUAAAUGGCUUUCGCCCAGAAGAAGAAAGCUGUGCAGUAGCAGAAGCUGUAGUAGCUACUUCUAAACAAACAAACGCCGUGUCACCAGAAGUCUCCAAAGACACUACUUGUCAGAAAACACAGUCCAGUGUAGAGCACAGAGCAAAUCGAAUCAGUUGUCACAAUACUUCAGUUUCACAAAAGCAAGAUCACGGAAUGAAUGAAGAAAGAGUAUUCAAACAUAUUAAUGAUAGGCAACGGACUCUAUCAAAAUAUCAAGAAAGCAGUAAUGUCGGUGGUGAUUCUUCUUUGAAAGCUCACCUGAGUGACGGUGAGAUAUCAUUUAUCAAGCAGAAUGCAAGGGCUGGAUCUGCUUGUCAAGAACUUGAACAUACUGACAGAUGUAAAAAAGUUGGAUUAGGAAUGCCCGAUAAUGGUAAGAAUGAUUUAAAGGAGGUAAGAUAUCAAGAAAUGAAAGAAAAUCAUUUAAAGAAAGCUGAAAAACAUAUUAAAAGUAAAGGAUCCAGAGGGAAUGAGUGGUCAGGAAAUGAGUGUUCUCCAAAAGAUAUUUUGGCAAGCAACAGACAUAUGAUACAGAAACCCAUUAUGAAAGAAGACAAUCAUCCAGCACCAACAGCUAAUUCUAAGGAUAAAUUACAUGGAAAAAUCAAAGAACAGAAAAAUCCAACAACAUCCUACAAAGUGAAAGGAGACAUAAAAACAAAGAAAACUGAAGCCAUUUCUGCCCAGAAAGGAACAGCAAAGAGUAAAGAUGAAAAAUAUUCUAAGAUAAUACCAGGAAAAGAUAAUUCCUACAUGGAUAAAGAUGAGCAUGGUUCAUCUUCUGAAAGUGAAGAUGAAGCACUGGGUAAAUAUCACGAGGCCUUGUCCAGAACCCACAAUUCCAGACUACCAUUGGCAGAUUCGAGACAAAAGAACUAUGCUUGGGAAACGAGACAAAAAUACAGCCCUCUGUCUGCGGAGUAUGAUGGCUACAGUAGCGAAGCAUCGAUAGAUGAAGGAAACUGCAUUCAGAGAAUGAGAAGAACACCCCCACUGGAUGAAUUGCAGCCACCACCAUAUCAGGAUGACAGUGGUUCUCCCCAUCUCUCAUGUACGCCCUCAGAAAUUGGGGACAGUAAAUGUGAAUUUUCCCACUGCAGCAACAGUCCAAGAUGCUCAUAUAACAAGUGCCCAAGUGAAGGAAGCAUAGGUCGUGAAAUAGAAAGUUUUCCUAAUAAAGGAUAUGAAGAAGAUGUUCCAAGCGACAGCACCGCAGUCCUGAGCCCGGAAGAUAUGUCAGCUCAAGGAUCAUCGUCACAGCUUCCUAAACCUUUUGAUCCUGAGCCAGAAGCUAAAUACGGCACACUGGAUGUGACUUUUGACUAUGACUCCCAAGAACAGAAGCUUCUGGUAACAGUGACGGCUGUCACAGAUAUCCCAACACAUAACAGGACAGGUGGCAACUCAUGGCAAGUACACCUUGUUCUUCUACCUAUAAAGAAACAGAGAGCAAAAACCAGCAUCCAGAGAGGACCAUGCCCUGUCUUCACAGAAACAUUCAAAUUUAAUCACGUUGAAUCUGAGAUGAUUGGAAAUUAUGCAGUUCGGUUUAGACUAUACGGUGUGCAUCGCAUGAAAAAAGAAAAGAUUGUGGGGGAAAAGAUUUUUUAUUUAACAAAAUUGAAUCUUCAAGGGAAAAUGUCAUUACCUGUGAUAUUGGAGCCUUCUUACAAUCAUUCUGGCUGUGACUCCCAAAUGAGUGUGUCAGAAAUGUCCUGUAGUGAAAGUACAUCCUCAUGUCAGUCUCUUGAACAUGGCUCGGUUCCAGAAAUUCUCAUUGGCCUGCUUUAUAAUGCCACAACUGGAAGACUAUCAGCAGAAGUGAUAAAAGGCAGCCACUUCAAAAACUUGGCAGCAAACAGACCACCCAAUACGUAUGUUAAAUUAACUCUCCUGAAUUCCAUGGGUCAAGAGAUGUCCAAAUGCAAGACAUCCAUCCGCAGAGGGCAGCCUAAUCCAGUAUACAAGGAAACUUUUGUUUUUCAAGUGGCCCUAUUUCAACUUUCUGAUGUGACACUCAUACUGUCUGUGUAUAACAAACGCAGCAUGAAAAGAAAAGAGAUGAUAGGCUGGAUUUCUUUAGGUCUGAACAGCUCUGGAGAAGAGGAGCUCAAUCACUGGACUGAAAUGAAAGAGUCGAAAGGACAGCAAGUGUGCAGAUGGCAUGCGUUACUAGAGUCAUGAUGAAUAGGGUCACCAAGCAAUUACAAUCCAAGGCAGCAUUAUCUCUGAUUGCAGCAUCACUGUUUUUACCUAGUCACCAUUAGAAGAGCUGUUCUUCGAAGCAUCAUCCUCAACAUUCUACCAGAAUGCGUUAAGGUCUGCGGAAAGAGCGUCUAAUACUGACACAAAUGAAGAAAAGAUGUGUCUCUGGUAGAGCUUGUUUGGGAA